AUGAGUUAUCAUAGGGUCCCGAAUAAAGAUUUAAUUCCUAGCAUCCCUACUCCUCCGUUUGAUCCAAAUGAAUUAAAAAAAAGCUCUGUCGACACAAUUCCACGUGUGCCAGUAGACGACUUGAAUUUGCCAGAUCCAAUUGAAUGGUCUUUUGUAGAUGAUCUAAAAAAGCCUUACCAAGAGUGGAAAUUAAAAAAGGAAAAGGAGCGAUCGGAAACACUUCAUCGUCUGGCUCCAGGGUACUCGCCUUCAGCACCUUUGCUGUGA